UUCCUCGCGCGCGCUUUCUCCCUCACUCUCCCACUCCCUCGCGCGCUCUCUCCCUCCCCGUCUCACUCCCUCGCUCCAAUCGAAGGCGACAUCGAGCGAUUGACCGCUGAUGAUUCUUAUCGCCUCCUUUACACCAGCACUUUCUUUUUUUUGUCUAACCGGUGUGCAUUUCAAUCAUUGUUCCGCGGUGACUUCGUACCACGAGUGAGGACUACAUUCUUCGGCUUCUGAAGUGACCAGAGACUGGCAUUGGGAGAUCCACGCCCAAACUUAUGGGUUCGCAGAACUGAACGGGCAGACAGGAGCAAGUUUCUUCGAAGAUCCAAUAAGCUGACCGCUUUUGUCUCUACAUUUCCAUUUACAGUAGACAGCGACUUUCAAUCUACAGUCAUCGAAAUAUUGGACGCACCCAUAGCGCUGGAGAAACCACUUAGCCACACAGAAAACACUGCAGCUACCAAUAAAAGGGUCUCCCGUUAGGACAAGCAGAAUUCACCCCAAACCUCAUUUUGUUAUGAAAGGUGGAAACAAAGGAUAAUAAACCGGAGUUUUUAAAAAAGAUUCGUCCAUCGUAAAAACUAGAGUGCAGUAGAAACAAAGUAGUUGAUACAGCCAUCCAUUGGAUUUUUCAAUCUCUGGAGUAGAGGAGUAACGGAGCAAUAAAACCGGCUCAGACGAGCAAAGUCCACGAGCGUGGGGAGAUCGGGGAAUGGAAACGUCAGAGCGGAGUGCUCGCCGUACGACCGAGGCGCGACAAGGAAGCUGGUGAGGGAUAACACUGCGUGGCCUGGCUCACAUGCAAGAUAUGGUACCAACAGCGAUCGUCUGGAAAACGGAUUGUCAAAUCGAUUCUUUGAUCAGAUUUGCUGUUUGCCCAGCGCGUUGACAAACUGAAAAAACAGAACCUCGUGCAGAAGCACGCCAACACAACGGCCCAUUAAUUCUGGAAUGCAGCUGACAGCUUCACACAAAAAAGUCAUUGGUAAAGAUACGGACAAGCCUUUAAGCCCCAAGUAAAAUCAACACGCUUAAGGGCCUGCAGACCCCCCAUGAAAGUCGUAGGCAAUUUCUUAGAGUGAAGGCUGAAGUGACUCGAGCCAUAUGUUUUUCAGGUUGCAUGAAUGCUGUGCUUUCAUAACCGUGACCCUGUGAGUCAAUUUGGAUAAUCAAAGAUAUAAUUAUUCUGUCAACACCGCUGUGUUUUUCGCUGCGUUUGCUAAAUCCGCAAGUAACUAGCUGGCGCACAGUGUCUAAGAAGCUAGUUUGUCUUGCCUUUUUUCAGAGAAGUGAAAUGUUUCUGGGAUAAUCCCAAAAUCAAAUCUAUUCUGAUAGCGUCAUCGUGCGGUGGAUUAUCUCCGAACACAAGAUUAGGAUAUCGAUCAACGUUCGUGCUUGUGCUCAGGUUGAGUUGAACUUUGCUGUUCCUGUCUUAGGAACAACGGUGAAGUGGGAGGGUUGUUCGGCAAUCCUACUGGACAAGCGUCAACGGUAGCUCUUCGCUCGUUGCUCUAACACACGAGCCGCCAUCAUGUCUGUCCCCGUAGAACCGGCGUCCGAGCUGAACGACGACUUCAAGGUGAGCCUGGAGGAGCUGAUGGCCCGGCUGAACGUGACAGACACCUACGACUCGUGGCGCAGCGACUGGACGGUGCUGAACGAGGAGCGCUGGCAGACCGUGGUCAUCACGCUCUACUCUAUCGUCAUUCUCUUCGGCUGCUUCGCCAACCUGCUGGUGGUCGUGGUGAUCGUGCGCUACCGGCAGCUGCACACGGUCACGAACAUCUUCAUCUGCUAUCUAGCCAUCGCUGACGUAGCGCUAUGUGUGUUCAACCUCCCGCUACAACUGCACUACCAGCUCAGAAACGACUGGAUCUUCGGUCGCGUGCUGUGCUACGUCGCCAUGCCCACCUUCGGAGUGCCUUUAUUCUCCUCCUCGCUGGCCAUCCUGAUGAUCGCCGUGGACCGGUACAUGCUGAUCGUGUACCCCUUCAAGAAGCGCAUGAACAACCGGCAGGCCAUCGCCACGGUGGCGGCCAUCCUUCUGCUCACGGUGGCGCUCUCCACGCCGCUCAUCGUCUACGUCCGCUACGUGCCCUUCCUCAACCCCGUCACCAAGGAGACCAAGACGUCCUGCUCGGAGCAGUGGCCAUCGUACCUGCACAAACAGGUCUACUCCGUCUCCAUCUUCCUGCUGCAGUUCGUGGUGCCCAUCUGUCUGACCUCCUUCUUCUACAAACACAUCUGCCACGUCCUGCACAACAGGCCCGUGCGCAAACACGACACGCGCCGCAGCCAGCGCACCAACCGCAUCCUGAUCGCCGUGGUGCUCACGUUCACGGUGUGCUGGCUGCCAUGGAACCUCUACUCGCUCACGGCCGAGUUCAGUCACCGCGUGGUGCGCGGCAAGUACUUCGUGCUCAUCGACCUGAUCCUCAAGGUGUUCGCCAUGAGCUCCGCCUGCAUCAACCCGUUCCUCUACGGCUGGCUAAAUGACAACUUCAAGAAGGAGCUGGGCAAGUUCUUCGGCUACCGCCUGUGCUGGAACCGGGCACGCGACGGGAGGGGCACCUCGUACUCCCGCACCACGGACAUCAACAACGGCGGCGUGACGCUCAAGUCGGAGAUGUGCCUCAGAGGCAUGCCGCCCCCCGACAACUGCACGCAGACGCCUUGAGGCCCAGGACAGGCGCGUCCAUCCCCGAUAUGACCGGACUUAAAUGGGAGCAGGGGUGCCAUUAAAAGCUCCUCGUGAACCCAGUGAUUUCAAACACGCUGUGUUGGUGACCGGCUUGAGCAAAGUCCACUUUUCCAUACAGCAUGUUUCAACGCUGAGAUGUUGUUCGAGAGGCUGGACCUCCAACGUGUGACGUCCUACAUAACAGGCAGGGGGGAGCCAUUAACACUCAAAACAAAAGCAUGCUUAAUAACGCCCUGUGGGGAGCUUCAACAAGGGUCCCCUGGCACUAGCCACAGUCCACCAACAUACCAGUGAGUCCGGCAUGAACUCACACACCGACUAUGUCUACAACAGCGUCGAAGGUAGACACAAAGAAGGCCCUGACAGGAUAGUACAGGGAGGACACUAUAUUGCAGCUAACUCGAGAGAUGUUUAUGAUUUCUCUAAAAGUAUUUUUUUUUAAAAUGAGACACUAUUUCAGUGCCACACACGGAGUACAACGCAUUCUCAGAAAGCAUAAAACUCAUACGUUAACACAAUUUUUAUGUGCAUAUAUAUAAUUAAAUAGAAAGACACCACCUACAAGAUCGCAAAAGAACAAUUAGCUACACCCCCCCCCCCCCAACACCCCAACCUGUUUUAUAUAAAAGUGAAUAAAACGGCAGACUUUACGGACAGGAAAGCAAAUGCUGCAUACGUUCUUAUGUUACAAAAUGUCAUGAUCAUGGAACAGCUACAAUCUCCAACACUCCCAAAACUCUAUAACAAACAAAAAAAUGCUGCCUUCAGACAAUAAAUAUACGUGGGCCAGAAUAAUACAACGACCAAAAACGAGCAAAAAAAAAA